AUGCAGAACUGUAAUGAUGGCGAGGAUUUAUGCUGAAAGUUUGUUUGCGAUAUUAGGGCAGGCAUGAACAAACGCCCUAGUCGGGUAGUGGCUAAUUCGGUGGCUUCCAAAGACAGCUAUCGAGCCAUCCUCCACCGUCGCCGUUCAACGGUAGGUCCUGACGACAAAACGAAUCGUAAGACCGUCCCCCAUAUUGGAGAGUGCAUCUUGUCAGGCUUGGAGACCCUGUGGAAACAUAAGCAGAUGACAGACGUCUCAGUGGUUGUCGAAAAUAAAACCUACCUGGCACAUAAACUGGUCUUGGCUUCUUGCUCCGACUUCUUCUACGACAAGUUCACCCGGGGUCGCGAUGCGGAAGCAACCAAAAUAGAGGUCAAUGAUGUCAAGGCCACGGGGCUGCAGGCUAUUUUGGAGUGUCUGUAUACAGGCCGACUGCAGCUGUCUGACGUGACCGUCCGUGACAUACUGGCAGCAGCAUCAGUUCUGGGGUUUCUCGGCAUCCACGAAGCGUGUGAGGAAUACCUCAGCGACCAUCUCAAUGUGGACAACUGUCUGUCACUCCUGGACUUAGCGGUCACCCACGUCCUUGAUCGUCUGGUUGAAAUGGCGUCAGCUAUGGCAGCCAGCAACUUUGAAACAGUUUCCAGGAAAGCAGAAUUUAAGUCAAUGCCAGUAGAACAACUGAUAUGUCUGUUGACCCGUGAUGAUCUCGUCACCAGAAGCGAGGUGUACGUAUUCCAUUGUGUGUUGGAAUGGAUCGAGGUGGAUCGGCAGCGCCGGCUGGAAUUCGCCUUCGACCUACUGAAGACAGUCCGCCUCCCUCUUCUGUCUCCAUCUGAGAUCGUGGAUAGAGUCGAGUCUGUUACCUUCUUGAUGGACAUCCCAGAUUGCCAGAAGCUUGUGAAGGAUGCCCUCCAUUACCAUUGUAUGCCGGCACGCCAGACGCUGCUGCAGACUUCCCGAACCGUUCCCAGAGUUUCAGCUCAUAGAGAUUGCCUUGUGGUCGUAGGUGGCGCUCCAAGACUCAAGUCAGAACCCGUAUGUGAUGAAAUCUCUGUGCUUGAUGACGUCACAGGGUCUUGGGAAUUCGUUGCUAGGCUACCAGAGCCGCGCCAUCACCACGCAGUGGCGGUACUCAAUGGCUUCCUCUACCUAGUGGGAGGGGAGAUGGGUAACGACCAUUGUUCGCCACUCAACACGGCGUACAGGUUCGAUCCCCGACACGGCACCUGGCUCCAGGUAGCCAGCAUGAAGUACCGCAGGGAGAGCUUCCAGAUCGGUGUGUUAAAUGGCAAGUUGUACUCAGUAGGUGGACGGGUAGACAAAUCCGAAUCCCUGUCAUCUGUUGAGCGGUAUAACCCCAGCAAAGAUGAGUGGGAGGAAGUAGCACCAAUUUCUGCACCCAAGCGGAGUGUGGCUGUAGCCGCCAUGCACGGAAAGUUGUAUGCCAUAGGUGGAUCAGGUACCAAAUUCGUAUCCAGUCGCGUGGAAAGGUUCCACCCAUCCGAAAACAAAUGGGAGCUUAGAUCCCCUUUGUCAAUACCCAGGUUCUUUGCCCAUCUUCAGCAAGUAGGUAGUGCUCUUUACUUGGUUGGUGGUGCUACUGUCGAUGUGGACAGUCGUGUUAUCUGCGUAGACACUGUUGAGAGAUAUGUACCAACAACAGAUACAUGGACUGUUGUCAGCAUGUUGAGGACGCCCAGGGCUGAGUUUGGAUCUGCUGUGGUUGCGGACAAGAUGUUCAUUCUUGGAGGAUACAACUGGAAUACUAGAGAACGACUGUACAACGUAGAGUCGUUCAGUCCGUCCCGAGAGGUGUGGUCAGAUUGCAGCAUGCUGAGCAGACCGUACACAGGGUUAGCUGGUGCAACACUCACAUUGUAUAGAAGGAACCGUUCAGAUUAUGAACCACCUUGAAACUGCUGGCAUUAUGAGCAAUGGCGUUGAAGAAAAUAAAAUUGCAAACAGUUGUUUUGAAUUAAAUCAUUACAUACUUGUCAAGUACCUUUAACAAUUUAACCAUGUUUGUGACCUGAUGGUAUUCACAGUUCACCCUAGUGUAAUGUUCUCGACAUGUAAAUGUAAAUAUAACAUUAAAAGAACAUAUGCCGUUCAUCGUAAUUUGUUUUGUAGUCACAUAAUUGAAAUGACAAGGCUUUCAUAACCCACCAUCUUUGAUAUAUAAUCUGUUUGUGCAAGAUAUCAAACCAUCGAAAUGUCAAAACAGUUUCUUACACAGAUAUAGUUGGUCGUCAUUGGGCG